AGGAACAUGGACAUGGGUCGAGUCAUGAACCUCAGCUACUUCCAGUGCCAGACCACCGAGGACGGGCUCUACCUCAUCCCAGAUGAGGUGUUUGUCAUCCCGCACAAGGAGACGGGCGUGGAGACAAACUCAGAGAUAAUCAGCUCCUGGCUGGAGCAGAAAAGCUCCACAUCUCACACCAUAAACGCAGACGUGUCUUUCCUCUCUGUGCUGAAUGGGAAAUUCUCAACAGAGAACAAGAGGAUGAAAACCCAUCAGGUCAAAGACUCUUCAACUACAACCAGAGUCCAAGUUCGUAACUUCAUCUACACCGUUAAGGCUUAUCCUGACUUCACCCUGGAUACACGCUUUGCUCAACAAGCCAAAGAGAUCGCCGAUGCGAUUGAAAACAACCAGACAAGGAACGCAGACUAUCUCUCAGAGAAGAUGGUGCUGGACUAUGGAACCCAUGUUAUCACGAGUGUCGAUGCCGGGGCUUCUUUGGUACAGGAAGACUACCUCCGCUCUCAGUACGUGUCGGACAGUGUGUCAGACAGUUCAACUGUCAAAGCGCAGGCAGGCUUGAACUUUUUUGACAAACUCAAGUUUGACAUCAGCAGUGAAGACACCCAUCAGAGCUCGUCACUUAAAACAUACCAGUCCAAUAUUACGUACUCUCUUAUCCAAAGCCACGGUGGAGGCAUACCUUUCUAUCCUGGCAUCACUCUGCAGAAGUGGCAGGAAAAUAUCAGGAACAACCUAGUUGCUAUCGAUCGGUCAGGAUUUCCCCUCCACUUCUUUAUAAACACCAACACCUUCCCUGAUCUGCCACAGCCUACCAUUGGCAAAGUGGCUGAAUCAGUGAAUAAGGCCAUAGAGCGAUUCUACAGGGUCAACACACGGCCUGGAUGUGUCGACGUCUACUCCAAGAACUUUAACUUCCAAGCCAACAUUGAUGAUUCAUCCUGCGAGGGCUCUGCUGCAAACCUCAGUUUUGGUGGUGUCUAUCAAGCGUGUACUCCUCUCAGCCCAGACGCAGAUCCGCUAUGUGAUGCCCUGGCCCAGAAAAACCCUGACACAGGCGACUUCUCCUGUCGUUCACCUUACUCUGCCACUUUACUCAGAUCAGAAUUGAGGCAGCAGGGUUACACUUCCUAUGAUUGCCAUGACCAACGCUAUUCGUGUGGGUUUUUGGGCCUAUCGCAUUGCCAUCGUCAAGUAUGUCAGGACAACUACCAUGUUCGCUCUGCUCGCAUCGACACCUACUGGUGCUCUGUAAACGGAGAGGCCCCUGAAAACUCAGGCUAUCUGUUUGGAGGCAUAUACAGCCCCUCUCUCCUGAACCCCCUCACCAACGCCAAAAGCUGCCCCCCAAACUUCAUUCCACUCAAGUUUCUCUCAGAUGGCCAAAUGAUCUGUGUCAGCAACGACUAUGAACUUGGCACCAGGUUCUCAGUGCCAUUCGGAGGUCUCUUCAGUUGUCAGUCAACCAACCCGCUGGCAGCAUCUCAGCGUCGCUGCCUUCCCACGUUCAGCCAGCACCUCGCUACAGUGAGCGACGGCUGUGAAAUUCUUUACUGUGUCCACUCAGGACUGUUCACAGGUGGACAGCUGCUUCCGAUCCAUCUGCCUCCAUUCACCAAACCUCCACUUGUCAGCAUGCAAGCCACAAACACAGUUAUGGUGAUGACUGAAGGAGAAAAGAGCUGGGUCAGAGUGGGGCAGACUAAGGCGUGGAAGCUGGCCAAACCAGAGGAA